UUCUAGAAAACGAGCCACAGCAGGUCAUGUGUCAUCUACCGUUGCAAUAAGACAUCGAGUACUCUGUCUGCCAGAUUUCCACUAAAAGCUACCACCAACGCCUUUACUCAUCGCUUUCUUCAGCUGAUUUGAGGCUCCUGGGCAUAAAUCCCAUUGCUUUCAAGUCAUAUUGUUCCCCAUCGCGCAGAAUUCGAUAUAAUACACAAUUCUUCUUCGUCGCAUAUACAAAUCUGCUCUUUUCUCGUGUUUACUAAACACAAGUGCCAUUUCAAACAUUCACAGUUUUGUUUGCGUGGGACUGGAGGGCAAUACACUCAUAAUGUCGGAUCAGUCGCCCUUUCCCUCCUCGACCACGCAUGAUGACGAGGGAAAACAGAAUUCUGGUUCAUUGGGCGAUGCUAGUGGUUCGAUGAAGCGCAAGCGAGACUCAUCAGACCAGGACGAGCACUCAAGGGAGGCUCAUAGCACUGGAGAUGCGCGACGACGCUCACAAUUUAAACGCUUGUCACCCCAUAUACCUCAUGAUGGAACUGGUCAGACGCCUGAUUUAGGCGAUUCUUCGACAAAUUCUUUCCUUGUUCAUCACAAUCCAAGUUCUACCGACGAGGAUUUACAGCCUCAGAAUACAGGGUUGGAUUUCAGUGCUAUAUCCCAUCAACAAGGAGAGCCUCCAAAUCAACAAAACGGCAGCUCACAUACUUCAGAUGCCACCUCGACUGCGGCCGCAGCCCUAGCCGGCAUUUAUCCGUCCAUAACGGUACCCCAAUCAACUGAGCUGGCGUUCGCCAAUGCAAAUCCUGGAGGCGAUAGCGAUCGGCAUAUGGAACCGCCGUUUGCAAUGGGAGAACACGACGUCAGUCACGGCCAGCAUCCGGAACCGAAUUUCAACUUGGAUGCGUUAAGAGAACCCGGUCAGCAUCAUAUCCGAGAUUCCCCAACCAGUGGCAUGCCUAACCAAAAGCCAGCCGUUGGGUCGGAGGAGUGGCACAAGGUUCGGCGUGACAAUCACAAGGAGGUGGAGCGGAGACGCCGAGAGACUAUCAACGAGGGCAUCAAUGAGUUGGCUAAGAUCGUUCCUGGCUGCGAGAAGAACAAAGGAUCAAUUCUUCAACGUGCCGUCCAAUUUAUUACUCAGCUCAAGGAGAAUGAAGCCCAAAAUAUUGAAAAGUGGACGCUAGAGAAACUCCUAACAGAGCAGGCUAUUGCCGAGUUGAGUGCCACCGUUGAAAAAUUAAAAAACGAAUGUGAGCGUGCAUGGAGAGAGGCGGAGACAUGGAAGAAAACUUGUCAGAGUGCCGGCCUUACUCCUCGGCAGUCGGAAGAAUCUACCAACGCGAAUGGAGGGAACUAGACGUUCUAUCGACAGACGGGGUUAUCGUCAUGGAAUCAGUCGGAGACAGAUUCUAACUAUCUCCUUGACUACGAAAUACAGUUAAUUCGCAAUGGGAGACGCUUCUCCAAAAUCUUCCAUUUUGAGCAGGCGUCA